UGCACAUCUUCACUGCCAUUGGUUGUUAUUUGUUUGCUUCAAAACAGACGGCGCAACAGAAAACUAUGUAAAAAACACCAGUAUAGCGUCCUAUACUAAAUGUAAACGUCAAAUAAUACAUGUAUACAACCCACUGCACCUUCAACAUGGAAGCUGAAGUUAAGUUUUUACGGGAUCAAGUCCACAGAUUAAACUCUGCUCUAAGCCAGUAUCAGUAUGAGCAUGGUACUCAAUCUACAUCAGCUCAGGUUGAAGAUGCUAGACGGGCCGAGGCUCCCAAACCUUGGAUGGCAGAUAGAAGUAUAAUGGCUCCUUUGAUAGCUGAGUAUGAUCUGCACAUGGAGGAAAUGACAGAAAAGCUGCAGAGAUACGAGGGGCUGAUGACAGACAUGAAAGUGAAGUUGGAGAGGGUUGUCAAGGAGAAUGAAAGGCUGCAUGCAGAGCUGAGGGAGUCAGUUGAGAAGCAGCUUCAUGUCCUGCCGGUGGCUUCAGGAGUGGAGGGCGGCACGCUGGAGGAGGAAGCGGUCAUCAGAAACCUGCAGGAGCAGCUCCAGCUCUGUGAACAGGAGCGUGUGCAGGCCAUGGAGCUGGGGCAGACGGCCGCCCAGGAGCUGGAUCGCCUCCAGCAGACCUUCCAGAAGACCGCCACUGACGGACAGAUCCACGUUGCUCAGAGACAACAGCUCAAGGAUCAGCUUGUUCAGUUCCAGCAGCACACACACAAACUUCAAGUGGCCAAUCAGAACCUGGAAUCGACAAACCAACAGUUUCUGAAGACUGUGACGGAGCAGAGCACAGAGAUGGAGGAUCUACACAGCCAACACAGGCAGUCCAAGGCUGAGCUGAGGACGGCCACAGCCAAAGUGGAUGAGAUGACCAAACUGCUGCAGAGUUUCCAGGACCAAAUGCAGAGACGGGAGGAAGAUGUGGCAGAGGCUCAGGGUCGAGAGGACGCAGCAGACAGACGGCUCCAGCAGCUUCAGGCAGCCCUGAGCCAGCUGGAGGCCAGACUAAAAGCUGCCACCCAGGAGGCUGAGACGGUUCGCAGGGAUCAAACUGUGUGGGAGAGAAAGGUGGGGGAACUUCAAAAUCGCUGCAGCACCCUGGAAGAGGAGAAGUACGAAGCCCUGGCCAAAGUUAGAGAGAGCGUUCAGGUGGCUGAGGAGGCCACAUUGCUAAAGGAACAGAUCCUGUUAAGAGAGAAACAGAAAAAAGAUGAGCUGGAGAAGACAAAGGAGGCCAUCAAACAGUUAAUCCAGGAUGCUGCAGUACGCACAAGGAAAGAGGUGGAUAAUGUGCGCAAGCAGUGCAACGUCCAAAUCCACCGUAUGGCUGAGGAGCUGUCUGCGCUGCAGCUUGAGUGUGCAGAUAAAGAGUCUCAGAUUGAAAGGUCCCUACGAGAGAGGAAAGCUGUAGAAGAGGAGCUGGAGAAGGUGUAUAAAGAGGGGCGCGCAGAACCAGAGUUCAGGAAGAUUGACGCUCUUCACCAGAGGUGUCUAGAUGCAGAGAGGAUGAAGGAAGACAUGAGUCUCACUCUGCAGAGCACCAAGAACAGACUAAAAAAGAUGGAGAUGGACUACAGUGAGGAGAUCUCGCGGUGUCAGGAGGAAGUGCAGCGCCUGCAGAGCUCUCUGGUUUCGGCCCGGGACGACUGUGUCGGCGUCAGUGAGGAGCGGCUGCAACUGCAGAGAGAGAACUUGCAGCUCCGCAAAGAGAUGGAUGAGCUGCGCAAGGCUACCAUGCUGGUCCAAAAGAAGGCCAAACAACAGUUGGCACAGAUGGAGCAGGAGUACAGCCUGAAGGAGCAGGGAUUGGACACACGCGUGCAGGAGCUGGAAGAUAGCAGCCGGAGCUCCUGCGCUGACCUGACGCGCCUCCUCGCGGCUCAGCAGAAAAGCACCCAGCGCUGGAAAGAGGAGGCCAAGAACCUCGUUCAGGCCUUCGAGACUAAAAUGACAGGCUUCAAAGGCGAGCUGAAUCGGCAGAAGCAGCGUUCACAUGAGCUGGAGAUGCAGCUGGAAAAAGACCAUAAUACUGUUGCUGAGUAUGAGAGGCAGGUAGCAGAGUAUCAAGAGAAGGCGAGUCGUCUCCAGAGAAGACUGACACAAUCUGAACAAAAGGCCACCACUGCUACACAACAGCUGAGUAUGUUGGCGUCACAGCGAAGAAAGACAGCCAUGGUGGAUCCAGACACUCUAUAACAGCAACUGUUCCUUUGCUCAAGGAAAAUAACCAUGUGUGAUUUUAGGGCUUAUUUGCACUAUUUGUAGAUAUGAUAUUACCAUUUGUGCAAAAGUCAUAAGACAGCAAUUUGUGUUGUCGGUGCCCUUGUGAAAUGGCAACAUUUUAUUUUAUUUUGUGCACUAAUAUACCACAUUUUGUAAAUGUUAUUUAUAAGGGUAUGAUGUGUCAUGUGUAGUAUGUAAAAAUAAACGUUGUUACAAUAAAUAAACAUAUUAAAAAAUG